UGGUAGUUUCUGGAAUAUUGGGAGAAGGAAGAGGGAGACCCUACAAGUACGAGCAGAGAAGAGAAAUCAGCAUGCUGAGUCUGGGCUCCCCCGGGGGGCGCUCUCUGACCGAGGAGCAGUUCCAGUGCUCCAUCUGCCUGGAGGUGUUUGUGGAGCCGGUGUCCACGCCCUGCGGCCACAGCUUCUGCAAGGCCUGCCUGCAGGGCUACUGGACCCACAGCAAGCAGUGCGUCUGCCCCAUGUGCAAGAAGAACUUCCCCCGGCGGCCCGAACUCAGCGUCAACCGCGUCCUGGCCGAAAUCUCCACCCACUUCCAGGGGCUGGGCGUGGCGGAGGCGGGGCUGGGGGCGGGGCCGGACGCCAGGCCGGGGGAGUCGGUGGGUGGAGACUUUGCGCAGGUGGGGGAUGUGGCCUGCGACUCCUGCAUUGGGAGGAAGAUGAGGGCAGUGAAGUCGUGCCUGACCUGCUGUGGGUCGUAUUGCGAGGCCCACCUCCUGCCCCACCGUCGCGUCAAAGAGCUCGCCUCCCACCGCCUGACUCGGCCCCUGCCCCGCCUCGAGGAACAGGUCUGCAAGAAACACCAGCGCCUCCUGGAGGUCUACUGCCGCAACGACCACACCUGCGUCUGCACCGCCUGUGCAGACACUGCACACCGCACGCACAACAUCGUUUCCAUCGACCGCGAGUGGAAGCGGAAAAUGAGUCACCUGGGUAAGAGGAGGUCAGAAGUAAAACACUUGAUCAAGGAGAGAGCUAAGAAGCUUGAGGAGAUCAAACAGUCUAUCAAGGUCAUCAAGACCUCAGCGCAGCGGGAGCUGGAGGAGAGCUGGAAGGUGUAUGCAGAGCUGCAGCGCUUGGUGGAGCAGAGCCAGGCGGAGGUGGUGGAGCAGAUCACCGCGCGGCAGCGGGAGGCGGAGCGGCAGGCCCAGGAGCUGGCCCACGGCCUGGAGGAAGAGCUGGACCAGCUGAGGAAGAGGAGCUCCGAGCUGGAGGCACUCGCUCACACUGAUGACAAACUACUGGUGCUGCAGAUCCUCCCCACUUUGGCCCCUCCCCCUGAGCCGAUGGACUGGUCCGGCGUGUCCGUGAAUACUGACCUGUAUGUGGGGACUGUGAGGUCAUCAGUCAGCGCCCUGCUGGAAAAGAGCCAAGACAUGCUCAAGAGACUCUACAGCAAAGAGUUACGUAAGCUACAGAACUAUGCAAGUGAGGUGUUUCUGGACUCGGGCACGGCUCAGCGGAGCCUGGCGCUGUCAGCGGACGGGAGGAAGGUGUGGUUUGAGGAGCGCAAGCAGCCGGCUCCGCAGGGAGAGGCCACGCGGCGCUUCCACCCCGCCCUGUUCGUGCUCAGCCGUGAGAGCCUCAGCUCCGGCCGCCACUACUGGGAGGUGGAGGUGGGCUCCAAGACCGCCUGGACCCUGGGCGUGGCGCGGCAGUCCGCCCACAGGAAGGGGGACAUCCGGCUGAGCCCCGAUAACGGGUUCUGGUGCCUGUGGCUGAAGGGCGGGGAGAUCAAGGCCCUAAGCUCCGCCCGCCUGCCCCUGCUGGUCCCCGAGCUCCCCAGCAAGGUGGGCGUGUACCUGGACUACGAGGCGGGGCAGGUGUCCUUCUACGACGUGAAGGCGCACGCGCACCUCUACACCUUCAUGGACGCCUUCACCGAGAGCCUGUUCCCCAUAUUCAGCCCCUGCCCCGCCCAUGACGGCAAGAACGCCGCCCCCCUCAUCAUCUCACCCGUCAAGCACAGCUGAGCAAAAUCUCACACUCUGCCCCUCUCCCAAACCACUCCCCCUGAGCUACAGACCCCACCCCUCUCCCAAACCCCUCUCCCUGUGCUACAGACCCCGCCCCUCUCCCCGAGCUACAGACACCACCCCUCUCCCAAACCCCUCCCCCCGUGCU